GACCCAAAAAUUAGACACGCGCAUGGUUUAAAAAAAUCUGAACAUUUAUUCGUAGCAUCUUACGAGAUAACUCGGAAAGAUUUCAGGUGAAAAUAUUGACAAGAAUAGUUAAAAUGACUCACAUUUGUUCUAAACCUAUACUUAUUGGACCAUCAAUUUUGAAUGCGGAUUUGUCCAAACUAGCUGUUGUUUGUGAUCAUCUACUUAACUCUGGCGCUGAUUACCUACACCUCGAUGUCAUGGAUGGACAUUUCGUACCCAAUAUCACAUUUGGGCACCCUGUUGUAGCGUCUUUGAAAAAACACCUUCCAUCCAAGGCGUUUUUAGAUCUUCACAUGAUGGUUUCUAAUCCCGAAAAGUGGGUUGAAAAUAUGAAAGCUGCUGGAGCAAGCCAAUACACUUUUCACUUAGAAUCAACUGGAAAUGCUAUGCAUUGUAUUCACAAAAUACGUGAAGCUGACAUGAAAGUUGGUCUUGGUAUAAAACCAAAAACACCAGUCACCGAAGUAUUACCUUAUGUUGACUCCGUUGAUAUGAUUUUAAUUAUGACUGUCGAACCCGGUUUUGGUGGGCAAAAUUUAUGGCAGAUAUGUUACCAAAGGUUAAGUAUCUUCGUGAAAGGUAUGCAAAUGUGGAUAUUGAAGUUGAUGGUGGUGUCACCCUGAAGAACGUUCGAGAUUGCGUCGAAGAAGCUUUGAUGAUUCCGAAUCCAUGAAAUUCUUACCCUGUAAGUGUUGUGAAAUGCGGUGUCCGAAAUCUGAUACUGAUACGUGGUAUACUACGCUCUUCUAUUUACCAUCGAGUAACAUUUUGCUACUUCUGAUUGGCUCUACAUAUUAAUGAGUGCUUUCCAUGCAUUUUUAAACAACAUCAGUGCAACUCCUUGUGUAUGUGCAGCAGUUACUUCUCCAUGACCAGAGUACAGAAGUACCUCUCUUGAAGCUAGUCUUUUCGCUACAACUUGUGUCCAAUGAGUUUCACUUAUUGCGAGCACCGCCAGGUUGUAUCUCUUCAUUUCUGGAGUUACAUGGUUUUCCCGGUCUCCCAUAUGUGCGGAAAUUCUAUGUGUCCACGUUAAUUGUUGUUCUGGUCGUCAGGAGGGGCAUCAGUCUCGUGACUUUCGAAGAAUUUGGGGUUUCACCGUGAGGUAUCAUCACUCCUGAAUGAAAAUCUUUUAACUUCCAGGGCAGAGUUUAAAUGAAUUUUUCUGGUUAGCGUUUUUUAGCAAGUUUGGUUUCAACGAUAUAGGGUUGCCGACCGCAUUCCCAACCCUCCUUGGGUCCUCAGUAGCCCUAGAAGGGCUGUAUGAGGGGUUGUUUAAGUGGUCACUGAACGAAUUCACUAAGAGCUUUUAUCGAUGACUGUUGCAAUAAAUUUCGCACUGAUUGAAGUUGGUCACAGUCUUUUUGUUUUGAUUUUUCGAUGUGUUAGAUCCGUAUUUCAAACAGUCUUACAUCCAAGGACGGAAAUACGUGCAAUAAGAUGUGACAAUUUGAGGAAAAACCUUCUCUAACCUCUUCCCUUCGUUGUGAAAAAACAGUAACUCUGUAGAUACUGGUUAUCUGAAAAAAUAUCUUACUGCCGUUACACUCCUGUACAGUCAGCAGUACAGCUUCACUCUCCGAUCUGGCUACUUUUACUCUUACCGUUCUUCAACCAAUCUGCUUAGGAUGAGUGGAUUACAGGAGCAAUUAAUCCACCCAAUAUAACGCUAUCGGUUCAUCACUAUAAGCAAGCCAGAUCACCACGUCAAUGUACCAGCCAAAAUCACCGACCGUUGUUGCUACCUUGACG